CUUCAGUUCAGCCAGAGACCACUCUGUGCGUCUCUCUGUGCGCGUCUCUCGGAUACUCCGCUGCUCAACCUCACUGGACAAUACAACCUGCUUUAAUAAUAGUAUAUGUUGCAUUUGGAACUACAAGACACCUAUCUAGAUGGAAUUAACGUUGUAUUUAAUACUAAUCGGGAGUGGUUGAAGAAGAAGCGCUUGUUUUCCUCAGAGGAAAUUCGGAGUGCAUGGUUGUCUUUCUGACUAUGGAAUUAAGGCGAUCAAUGAAAAGUUGGAUUUUAUGAACAGCCACUCAUUGCCUUGGAUCCAUAAAAUGGAGAGAUAAAGCGUGUAACUCCCCAAGCUUAAGAAGGAGAACGUAUUUGGCACCACCACACAGGGAGAGGAAAUGCACAGAGGUGAGUUUUACUGAGCAUCAGAGUGCUUUUGGAUCGCAUUUAAGGACCACUGAUAUGAUACAGAAGGCUAAUAAUCCCUCGCAUCGACUGUGAUAUAAUUCAUCCCUUAUUCUUCUGCAAUAUAGGCAAAACUCAUCCUUACCAAAUGUCUCCUGUAGCUCAGUUGGUAGAGCAUGGCGCUUGCAACGCCAGGGUUGUGGGUUCGUUUCCCACAGGGGGCCAGUAUGAAAAUGUAUGCACUCACUAACCGUAAGUCGCUCUGGAUAAGAGCGUCUUGCAAAUGACUUAAAUGUAAAUGUCGACUUAAAUGUAAAUGUCUCCCGUUUUAUUUUAUUUUGCGCCAAGUUGUUUUAUUGUGUUCAUGUUUGCAAGUAGUGAAUGGGAUCGCCAUCUGCAGGUUUACUUAUAUUCAGUUAUAUAUUCUAUUAGCUUUUUAGACUACUGCAAUGGGUUAUCUUUGAAAUGUGCCAAUAUGCCAAUAUCCUCUCUUAUAAAAUUUGACAUUUGCGCAAGGCUACACAAUCCGGAAGAAUGCAUUCCAAUUUAGGCUGCUUUUCUGUUAACACCUAAGGUCGAUGUCUAAAUAUCUAAAUAGUAUUUUUUUAAAUCCCCUUAAAGAAUAUAUAGAUAUCUGUUCUUUUGCAUUGGAUGCGUCUCGAUCCACCUGUGUAACACUUCUGCAUCUGUGGUGACAGGGCUUAGACUCUUAUGGGUUAAUAACUUGAUUUCUGAACUCAAGUCAUGUGUGAUGAAUACAUAUGGUAUCGGCAAAUAGCCUAAUGUAUGUAGGAGUUGAAAAUCGCUGUGUUUUAGCAUAACUGCGCCUGGGAGCGUGGUGCUGAAGUGACAGUUCCUGCUGAUUAGCGCCACAUCUGGGACAAGGCCACAGCUGCGGUUUGCAGCUCAUUUUAAGCCACGAUAUUCUGCUCUGAAAUCAUUGUGUUUUGUACUGUACUGUAGGCCUAUUAUUUAAAGGUACUGUCAAGUAUUGUUUAAGACACCUAGCCUGUAAACUGCACUGAAUCUUAUCACCGAGGGGGAGAACCUCAUGUUGAGCUCACUUCAGUAGGCCUGGGCUAUUUCAGUCACGAAAGGCACGAAGUCUAGUCGUCUAAAUAGUAUUAACAACAACUGACUGUAGCGUUCUAACUCUGUAUAGCCCUAUGUUUCAUUUUUGUAAUAUAAUUGCAGAAUCAAAAUCAAAAUGCAUCAGCCAACGUCCAACAGGGACAUAUCUAUGCUUUUUGGGUUCAUUUAAACAAGCAAUGUGGUAGGCCAUCCAUUUUUAUUUAAAAUGCUCUCCCACUCAUGUUCUUCAGGUAGUGUAGGCUAUCUUUUAAAGGCAUUCAACCUUUUCGAAUCAGACCUACAGGCCCAUUCAAAGCUGUUUGAACCAACUGUGUUCUACAAUGAAUGCCUGCCAUAGACUGCUUUUAAGAGGUAGUUAUGGUGGUCCCCCAUGGUGGAGUAGUAUCCAGAAAGGACACAUCUAUGUGAAUAGACUUAUAGUCAGGCCAUGCAUGGAAAGGUGUGUGUGCACGGUGUGGCCUUUUGGCCUUCAACGUAUCAAGGCCGGGAAGAGAGAGGGUGUGUGUUUAAAUUCUGUAUAGUAGAGAACAUGCUGUCUGAUAUCUUUUUGCAAGCCUGGGUGGCUGUAGUCAAUCCAUGUUUCAUUAUGCAUCUGUCAGGCUCACGCUCGCGGUUUAAUGUGAUAUAAGCAGCACAGUCAAUUAAAAUCCGUUGGGGGUAAACCUACGUCGGCUUAUCUGGAGAAGACAGUAGUGUUGUGGGCUGAAAUGUGCACAGGGGUACUGCGAGCAGUUUUAGCACUGAUAUAAUACACAAUGCAGUGCUGUUGCUGCUGCCUCUGGAUGCCUGUCUCUCAUUGUGGCAUCACGCCUGCGAGCCUUAUCCCAUUUGUUCUGGUGCUGUCUUCAUUCAGGACAGGAUGCUGGAGGGCUGGCGAUGCUCUGAUAGGCCUGACGAUGUGGGCCUACCAAUGAGUGCUUCCUGUCACACCAUCAGAGGACAAUAUGAUAACACAUACACAGAUAUACAGCCUUCUUUAUUUAGCUGUAACUGGUAUGGAGGAGAUAGCUCUUUAGGCAUCAAUCUGAAUUCGGCUUCAGGCUUUUGGUUAUAAUAUGUCUUGGGUCCGAUAAGAGGCUUUUUCGAUAAGCUCUCAAUGGCACAACCUAUGAAAUAUAAUGGUAGGGAUACAUCUACAAGACCAAUGGAUCAAUAUUCUGUCAAGUAUUGUUGCACAUCAUGCACACUUGGUGCAUACAAGUUCAUGAAUUGCAAGAUGCAUCUUUACUGUCAAUGUCAUUGGCUCUUUCACUGUGUGUGUGUUCUUGUGUAUGUGUGCUUGUGUGUGUGUGUGUGUGUGUGUGUGUGUGUGUGUGUGUGUGUGUGCUUGCACUGUUAUGUUAGGUUAUUAUGGAUAUAAGUAGGGCUAUAAUUCUUAAUGCUGUCCGGUCUGCAUCACAGCUGUUCCAAUAAUCACACAUACACCAUUUAGUUAAAAAAAAGAAAAGGUUUAUAAUUAUUUCACCCAACAGAAAAGAAGGCAUGUUUCUCAUUUAAACUGGUAAUUACUAUUUCCUACCUUAACUAGCAGAUUUCAAGCUUCACAUAAUUGCUUUUUAAUGAGGGAUGUGUGAGCUAGUGUGUUAGAUUGCCUAUUAUUUCAAUACUUUGAUUACAUUGUUUUUCACCUGUUCCACUCGUAUUAAAUUGUACUUUUAUGAAACAUAAGGGUGCAAAUCAUUGACAUUGUAAUGUUUUUCUCUUGCAGCCUGGGUACUCCUUAUUCUGAUAGAAGAGGGAUUUGCACUGGCACAGAGAACUAAAGGUGCGUCUCCUGUUGUCAUCAUGUCAGAUUAUGGGGGAAUAAUUGGUCACGUUGUAGCACAUAAAUCAUUUUCACUGGCAGAAUCACAAUAAAUGGAUCUAAUCCCAUACAUAUCCCAAUUCAAACAUGGUCUUGAUUCUUUUCACUGUCUUUUAUCAGAGUCCUUUUCUCAGAAUGAAGGCAGUCCACCUCAGAAUCUUAACGAAUGUGGCACCUGGGUCCGCAACAUCAACGGGGGAGUCUUCACAUCCCCCAACUACCCCAACACAUACCCCCCUAACAAGGAGUGUGUUUACAUCUUGGAAGGUACAUGUCUGUUUAUGCCCGCUCACACAAAGAUAGCCUCAGCAGUGCCUUAGAAUGUGGAUAAUAGCUUCUUAUUGGUUUGUUGCAAUUUUGACAGCCUGUCAGUCACUAUAUACACCUUGUCAGAGUCAUGUCAUCCAAAAGUCCCAAACCUAUAUGAUUGUGGUAAACUCAGCCGAGACUAACUAGGCUGCAGGAACUGAUGGUGUGAUUUCAUCAGUUGGAGGAAAAUUGAAGACUUGGUGAAGCUCAAUGGCUCCCUCUGUGGAUACAUCAACUAGCAUAGCCAUGGAACCUACCUUGACAAAACAGCAUUGACAAUCCAAAUAAUCAAUGAGCAGGGCUUAACAAGGCCAAUUCUCCAGAUCAUCAUGACUCAAACCCAAUAAUGAAUUGCAUCGUUCAUCUCUCAUCUCCAAAGGUCUUACGAGGGUGAGACACUCAAUACUCAUCAGUCAGAAGUGUCAGUCAACCUGGUUUAUAUUUCACAAUUCAUGGCUUGUUGACUGCAUUGCAGAGACUUUUGUCUCUCAUAUUAUGUGACUUUUGGUUGGUGAUUGUGUAUUACUUCUAUUGUUUCAGUGUGUUGUUGUAUUGAGUUAUCAAGCUAAGCUGUGCAACACUAUCUUUGGUAUGUAUCUAGCUAAUUUGAACUGAGAGCUCUUGUUUCUAAUCCUUACCAGGGGAAAUAUACAUGUGAUUUAGUGUUGUGAUAACAGUAGUGCCAGCUUGGCUGAAUCUGUACGGUAGGCAUCCAUCAUUUAUUCCUGUUUAAAAUAGUGACAUUAUUGCUUCCCACAUACCUUCGAAGUACAGCUAAUUUGUUUCGGUAUGUGUGCUGGCGGUGACAUUAUUUGUGUCAGUGUGGGUGAGUUAGUGACAUGAUUUGUCUUUACAUGUGUGUCUGAGCUGUGACGUCAUCAUUUAAAUGAUGGUAUCAUUUGUUGCAGUUCAAAGGCAUUACCCUCUCUUAUCAAUUUUUCUACCGUUUCCCAUUUUAUCAUAGCAGGCAGUCUGAUGUAUAUGUAAUUCAUCUAUGAAGACAGGAAUUAGCUGGCUUUUAAAAAAUGGUAUGUGCAAGUGGGAGUCAUGUUGAUUCUGGGAGACUACUUGAGCCAGUCAUGUAGGGUGGGAUUUACAUGAUGUGAACUUCUAAACUCAAAUGUAUGGUCCAAGUUUUGUGUUUUGAUUCAGAACCUGUAAGGAAACAUGCUGACAUGUCAAGUCAUGUCAAGUCAUGUGUGUAUGCAUCAGCAAAUGUGCGUUAGUGUAAGGGCCCAAUUCAAUACGUAUCACCGAAGUUCAGCGCUACAGCGCAAUUGAAAUGUAAAGGCAAUGUUCCCACGUUUGUGGAGACUGCAUUCAUGGUAAAUGCUGCAUAUGUCGGCUCAAUCAAAAAAUUACCUUUACAUUUCAAGCAGGCUAUAGCGCUGAACUUCAGCGAUAUGGAUUGAAUCGAGCCCUAAGCAUGGGUACCUUUGUGUAUUUAUGCAGGCAUCCAUAAACUGGCUGUGCAUAUGAGUAGAAAACAGGAGUUUAGCAGAUUUUUAAACAAGUUUGUAUGCAGACUGAGACCCUGCUGUACUGGUAAACGCAGUCCAUGGAGCAAAGCCUUUUAGCAAAAACUAAACCCAACACACCCCUAAUACUCCUCCUCCUCCUCUAUCACCUCCUCCAGCUCUCCCUCGUCAAAGAAUCCAGUUGGCCUUUGAUAAGAACUACUACAUGGAGCCCUCCUUUGAGUGCCGCUUUGAUCACAUCGAGGUACGGGAUGGUCCGUUUGGCUUCUCACCGAUCAUCGACCGCUUCUGUGGGUCGAAGAGCCCAGGCCUGGUCACAUCCACGGGCCGCUUCAUGUGGAUCAAGUUCACCAGCGAUGAGGAGCUGGAGGGUGUUGGGUUCCGUAUCAAAUACACCUUUAUAGCAGGUACACCUGUUCUCAGUUAGAGCUAGCCUACUGGGCAUAUCAUCAUUACAUACACAUUCAUAGGUGUGGAUAAGAAGGACUACAGCACAUCCACAGAUUCACUGUCAAAGGCCAUCCAAUUUUAUACACUAGGACACUGAAAUCAGCGUCUCACAUCGGGCCACAGAUAUUAGCUCCCAAUGGUCUUCCCCAGUUUAUCUGGCUUACUUUAAUGGGAUCUUAUCACUUUUCUUUACUCGUGAAUUCCAGCUCUGUGGAUCAAGACUCAUGUGCUUUCCUGUUUAUAAUUUCAGACCCAGAUUUUCAUCUGCAUGUGGGUGGACUGUUAAACCCGAUUCCAGGUAAGCUCUUCAAUAUUUCACCGGUGUGUCCGAUCCAAUUUGAAGAGCUCUGUGCUCUAAAGCUUACUGGGUGCUAUCUUUCACUGACACAUGCUCUCUCACACACAGAGACACCUCUCUUUCUCCUCUCUCUCACUUUCUCUCUCUUUCUCUCUCUUUCUCCUCUCUCUCUUUCUCUCUCUCCUCUCUCUCUCUCUCUCUCUCUCUCACUUUCUCUCUUUCUCCUUUCUCUCUCUCCUCUCUCUCCUUUCUCUCUCUCUCACUCACUUUCUCUCUCUCUCUUCCUCUCUAGUUUCUUUGUUCCCGUUUUUCUAUCUCUUCCCUUAUGCUCACCUUUCCUUCUUCUGCAAUCCAUCUCUUAUCCAUAACCCCCCUCCCCUGUCCUUCCCCCGUCCUCACCUUUCUCUCUCCUCAGAUUGUCAGUUUGAGAUUGGUGGCUAUGAUGGUGUUAUCCGCUCCAGUCAGGUAGAAGAGGAGGAUAAGAUUAAGACUGGUGAUGCUCUGGACUGUAUCUGGACCAUUCGCGCUCCUCCUCAGUCCAAGGUGAACAUCUUGUUCCCCCCCUCCUUCUCUCCAGUGGCUAAAUGGGUAAUCAUGUCACUCACUGCAGAGGUCCAGCCACUGAAAAAACCACCAAUUGAUUAGAACACAAGAGACUGGGAGUAAGACAUAACCAGUCCCCUGACCCUCUCUCUGCUGUGGAAACAAUGAAGGGUAUCUCAAAUUAGCAGUAGCCUAACCAGGGCAGCAGGUAUUAGGCCAAUGAUGCAGAAAUAGCAGAAAAACAGAAUCAGCAGUACUGGGAAUGAAGCUAAAAGCAUCCUCUUGACGUCUGCAGUCUUACGAGUUCAAAUGUGCUAAAGAGGCUGGAUUGUUCCGGGCUGAAUUCACAAGGUGCUCGCUAGAACGAUACAGAGACAGGUUAGAUAUGGACAGAAUGUUAAGAUUAGAGCCUAUCCCGUGGGUGCAAAGCAGCAAUCUUGUACUCAAAAGAUUUAGUUGUGCAACUCUUCAUCUGAGGUCAAUGUUUCCCGGUGGUUGUGUGCUAUACAAUUGGGCUAAGCCUACCAGGAUAGGCUUAGCCCAAGUAUGAGUGUAUUAUCCUUCAGUACCAAUAUCCCUUUUUAAAUGCUUCAAUUUUCGCUUAAUUUGUGUUAAUUUCUUUCUGAAUGUCAGCAGAGUAGCCAUGGUUCUGUGUUGUGAUGUGGUGAUUUCUGGCUGUAGAUUUACAUUCGGUUCCUGGAAUACCAGAUGGAGCACUCCAACGAGUGCAAUAAGAACUUUGUGGCAGUGUACGAUGGCAGCAGUGCCAUAGAAAACCUAAAGGCCAAGUUCUGCAGCACCGUGGCUAAUGACGUCAUGCUAGCCAACGGGGUGGGAGUGGUGAGGAUGUGGGCCGAUGAGAAGAGCCGACUCAGCCGCUUCCAGAUGCUCUUCACCUCAUUCGUCGACCGUGAGUGUUCUCCUUAUUUUAUCAGAAAUCUUACUUGCAGUUAUUGUGGGCCGUCUAAACCAAGAGUUAAUUUGGAGAUAAAUAAUUACGAUCAGUCUGGGUACUUUAUCAAUUGGCAGGUCCUCUUGUCUCCAUGUUUUUUAUUCUCAUGAUUUAGUGGUCAGUAUUUUGUCCAGACACACAGCAGAUGUAUGGAAGGUUGGAAGAGAUAGAUGGGGCCAACUGCCUACUAUUAUUAUUGAUUUAUUGACGACAUCUACAUCCUCUGAAUAGUAAAUAACUGACUGACAUUCAACUUUCAUUUUAGAAAUGGAAAGUUAAUUAAAGUUGCAUACUAUGCAGUGAUAUCGCAAAGCCAAUUAUUUUCCCUUUGCUGAGUACCUCAAAGAAAAUGACAAGUUAUUGAUAUGCAGGUAACAGUGUAACACAUUGGCCAUAAUAAUGGGUCAUCAUUCACAAUGGACAAGUGGUGAAUGGAAAAGCUGAAUAAUGUGUUAUUAUUAUGUUAGUAAAUUAGCUUUUUUUGUUUAACCCUUUACACUCUUGGCCUAUAUGGAUAGGGCUAAUUUGAAAUGUUUCUUAGGCUUUCACAAGGAAAUUCAGAGAAACAGAUAGUAAUUUUGGUGUGCACAGAAUGGAGUCAUGAGUGCAUUCAGGUGCAUGAUCUGUGGCAAAUUUUCUUCACAAUAGACAAACAUAGGCUCAUUCUGUUCAGAACAACCCAGGGUAUGACGUCCUGUCAUCUUGUAACUUGACAUCAAACAUAGAGAUCAUAAACGUUGACACUGUAUAUGACAUGAGUUUUAUGAUAUGGAAAUGUAAAGUGCACAUUUGGACUCACAGGUGUUUGGCAUGCUUGUAUGACAUCAAAGCGGUAUUUAUUACAAUCCUCAAUGUCUCAUCUUUCAAAAUACAUCAACUUUUAAUUUAUCGCAUUUCCCUCACUAAAACAACAAAAAUGUGUAAAUGUUGCCCAAUUAGCGGGAGGGAUGAGGCAACUUCUUGUCGCGUGCAGUGCUCAAGUUCAGAACGGCUGUCAGUCAAAACCCGUACAGUGCUGUGAAGCGCAGAGCCUGACCCCUGACAUCAUUUAUAGCAUGUUACUGUACAGUCACUGCGUUCCAAUGUAGGUGCGUAUCAGUGUCCAAAUCUGCCAUUUUCAACACGUAUACGGGUAUGAGUGUAAAGGGCUACAGAACUUCUGAAGGAAAUGUGUGUGUUUUUUACACAUCUAAUCAUGGCAUGUGUUUUUUAAACUAGAUGAUUUAAUUUCAGAGAGAGAAAUAGAUAUAUCCGCCUCAUUCUCAGAAAAGAAAGUAGUACUGCAAGGUUUUACACAGUCAAAUGUUACAAAUAAUUACAUUUUUAUUAAAUAACUUUACAAAUUAUACAUUUAUGAAAUCAAUAUAUAUAUAUCUCAAUACAGUAUUAUGAGAUUUGGGCUCUGGUCAAAAGUAGUGCACUAUAUAGAGAAUACGGUGCCCUGUGGGACGAGACCUAACUCUAACCAAACACUAUAGCAUGAGGUUAGAUUUAUGAUGGGUUUCAUUUAUAUGUUAAAUAUACAUUCCAGCUAAACAUUCCAGCUAAACAAUGGAUAUAUAGUAUUUUGCUAAAUCUAUUAAUAAACAUUCUGAGAACAGUAAUAUUUCACACACAUAAAGGUACCCAUAACCAUUAAUUUCUCAUGAAAUAAAAAACAAAUGUGAAGAAUUAGUCGAUAUAGAGUUUUGAAAAUAAACUCUUCAGUUGUUCCUCCGCCAUACUGUAAUAUUUUCAUUAAAUGCCUGAAUAAUCAGAGAUAUAUUAAUUGCUGUAUUCAUUUUAGAUAUUAUUUUUUAUUCCCUUCGCUGCAGCACUUAAUUACCUUUUAAAUUCAACAGAGAUGUUUUUUAAGAGAGCUCUUAAAACUUUCUGACGCACAUUAAACAAGAUCACAUAUUUCAUAAUGUUUGUCUUGCAUUUUAAAUUCAUGUUGUCCCAACGUCAUAGACUGGGGUUCAAUUAAAGGACAAAACAGAGACAUUAAUCUUAGUAAUCAGUCAUGCCACUUUUACCCGCACUAUCACCUUGGAUAUUUUCGUCCUUAUCCUUCUCAGAACAUGCAGAAUCCUGUACAUCAUCAUUUUCAUUACCUCUGUGGUUCUGGGCUCUCUCAGGGGGAACUGAGAAGAUGGGGAACACGAACCAGCGCUGACACCCCAGAGAGAGAACAAGCUUUUUGAAGGCGAGAGAUGUCUAAUCGGUUUGGAAGUGAGCGCAUAGUCAGGGGAGCUCCAUGCACUCAACGGGAGAUGGAAGGCGUCUUAUGACCCCUUCAUCCUGCUGUCAGAACCGCUUAGCCUCGCGGCAGUGGAGGGGAAUGGUUUGGUGUUCGGCCCUAAACAGCGUGUAUGUGUCAGUGGUGUAGUGGGACCUGGUGGGGGCUAUUGUCUACCUUGCUGUAGUACUGUCUGAUGGGGUUUGAGGUGUGUAUGGGGGGGGAUUUGGGGUGGCAAGCUGCUCAGACCGCUGAUAGAGAAUUGGGGAGGGGGGGGGGGGGGGGGGGGGCAGGAGGAAGGGGGUGUAAGUGUGUGGCGGGGGGUAGCCUGUUAGGACCCACAGAACCAGCCUCGCACAUCCAUCUCCUGGGCCCAGCAGUCACGUUCAAUUUACCAGCCUUCUCGGCUGUCUCGUGACUAGCAUUGUAAAAGCUAGUUUAGUCAGGAGUCUCAGCGCGCCUGGCCAUCUGUGCCUCGUGAUGGCCGUCUAAAUUGAUUUACUGCACUCCAUACUCUACGCUGUUUUUCCACUCUACAUGGUUGCUAGGAGAAGCAGCCAUUUCAAUUGCCUAUCAUGUCAUGCAACCUGUAAAUGAUGAUAUAUGGUUUCAAGUUGCACACAUCUAGCGUUUAUUGCAGUAGUUUUAAUCUUUAAUAACUUUACCUUGUCUCUUGUUUCAGCCCCGUGCAAUAGCAACACGUUCUUUUGCCAUAGCAACAUGUGCAUCAAUAACUCAUUGGUGUGUAAUGGGGUUCAAAAUUGUGUCUACCCCUGGGAUGAGAACCAUUGUAAGGGUGAGUGAAACUUAAAUUUCCCAUCAUCUAUUUUUAAUCAUUUAGUAUUUUUAUCAUGUGGUAAAUUGACUUAUGACAACCAAACCAUUAUAGUAGACUUACUGUUUUUUCCCCUUCACAAACAGAGAAGAAAUCCAAUGGCCUGUUCCAUCAGAUCACUAAUACCCACGGCACGGUGAUCGGCGUGUCCUCAGGCGUGGUUCUAGUCCUACUCAUCAUCUCCAUCCUGGUCCAGAUGAAGCAGCCUAGGAAGAAGUUGGUAGCCCGCCGGCCAGUCUUCAACAAGGCUGGCUUCCAGGAGGUCUUUGACCCUCCCCAUUACGAGCUUUUCUCCCUCCGUGACAAGGAGAUCUCCUCUGACCUGGCCGACCUAUCAGAGGAGCUGGAGAGCUACCACAAGCUGCGCCGCUCCUCCACCACGUCGCGCUGUGUCCACGAGCACCAUUGUGGCUUGCAGGCCUCGGGGGGCAGCAUGAAGCAGAGCCGCACCACCCUCAGCUCCAUGGAGCUCUCCUACCACAACGACUUCUCCAAGCCCCCGCCCAUGAAGACCUUUAACAGCACCUAUAAGAAAAGCUGCUACGGCUACCAACAGACUCACGACUGCGCCGAGAAGGUCAUUGAAGACCGCGUCAUGGAGGAGAUCCCCUGUGAGAUCUACGUCCGCGGCGGAGCGGCCGGGGCCAAGCGCUGGAAGCACUGGGCCAGGAGGCUGUGGCACUCUCAGCUCCCGCAACGGGGGCCGCAAUAACACCAGCAUCGUCGACCCCCAGCAGCGCUCAAUGUCCAUGGACUUCUAGGCGGAGAGGGGGGAGAAAAGGAGGAGAGGAACCUGACUCUCAUUUAUUUUAUUUUUUCCUUCUUUUGAUCAGUCUAAUAGGGAGGAAUCUCGCAUGCAGAUUCAGCCUUUCCCCUGUAUGCUCAAAAGAACUGGACACUGCCACACAGGGGAACAGAGACAGAUGAAAAUGACUUUAGACUGUUUACUGUAUUUACAUUCAUUCACAUGCCAAGCACAGAUAUAGUAUGCUUCUCAUAACUUAUGUUAGUCUUUAUUUUUGUCUAUGUACUGUAUAUUAAAACCAGAGUAUCAAGCUUCAUGUUGUUGCUUGGCUUUUAACCCAUUCAUUUGGUAUUGUUUGAUUUGAUAAAAAUGUGCAUAUAUGAUGACAAUUAUGUGAUGCAGGCUAUGAUUACCACACACACAUCCACACACAUGCAGAGCCCCAACGAAUAUUCUAUGUCUUGAGGGAACACAGUAAAUAUACAUUCAGAAGUGGCAGAUUUUCAUGUAGGAUAUCUAGACAGAGGAAUAGAUGUGUUCUCUGUGUGUUUUUUAACAUCUUGGGUCCAUUUGGGGAUUCGAGUUCAGAUUCACCACUAUAGUGGUGAACCCAGAAGAUACAAAACAGGGGGAAUCUAUAAAUGGAUUGGGAUGCCCACACAAACUCAUCGGGUACAGGGUUGAGUUUCCAUUAACUUUUGACAAGAUAGACAAGAGCUAAAAGGGCCAUUCAGGAGUUGAUAACAAAUUCAGAGUGAUGUGAAAAAGUAGCCUAAAUAGGCAAGCGACUUUUAAUUCAGGAACGUUGAUAUACCUGAAUGGUGGAAUAAGGACUAAACAGAUGAGAUUUUGUCUUCUGAACUGUUGUUUAAAACAAGCACAACCUGUUUCAUCAAACAGACAGACAUGGGCCACGAUUUAUUAUUUUGAUCACUGGUUG